UGCCAAAUGCUGUCAUGGUGAACUGUUUUUGGCACAGCUGGCAAUGUUUUUGCACGCAUGGAGCUGUCCAUUUCAAUGAGUUGAUUGCUCACUGGAUAAUGGAAGGCUAUUUGGAUCCUAGAGAUUCUAUGGAGCAGGCUUAUCACAAGGGACACAGAGUUGUGAUGCAGCUUAUGGAUCAGGGACUGUUGAAGAUACAAGAGGAUAAUAUUGUUGCUGUUGAAGGGGCAGCAGUGAAUAUGAUUGAUUGUCACUGCCGUGACUUCUAUGGAAGAUCUCAUCUGGGGUUGGCUAAUGUGCCUGUGAAGGCCAGUUGGGGAGGGCUUGGGAGAAUUACAUGGUCUGACGGUAUGAUAAAGACACUGGCCAGUAGCAGAAAAGGAGAAAAAGUCUCUACGGUGCUGAUUGAUGGCAGUCGUCUCUGCAGGGAGGUUCCUGAAACCUUCUUUCAGGGUAUGCCAAACCUUGAAGUUCUUGUCAUUUUUAAUCCCAGGCUCAAGUCGUUCCCGGACUCCUUAUCUAAACUUUACAACACACUGCUGGUGCUUGUGCUCAGGGGAUGUGAACUGCUGGAGAAUAUCUCUCAUGUUGAAAAGCUAAGACUUUUAAGUGUUCUUGAGAUAUCUGGUGCCAGCUCAUUGGAGAUUCCUCAAAAUAUUUUCGAGGAAAUGACUCACAUUCAGAGCCUUAACCUAUCUGCACUGCAGAUAAAAUCUUUACCUGAGAGUGUUUCCAACCUGAGUGAACUACGUUGGCUCAUUCUUAGAUGGUGCUCUUGCUUGGAAAAAUUGCCAAAACUACGAAAAUCAGUAAAGCUUGAGGUCCUUGAUCUUCGCCAUGCUACCAAUUUUAAAAGAUUCACAGACAAGUCUUUCUCAGUGUUUCAUAAGCUUCAAAUGCUUGAUCUUUCCUACACCCAGAUUGACCGUUUGCCAAUAUUCCGAGAUAAACAAACACCCCAAACUCUUAAUGAGUUCAGGCGUCUUGUAUUGAGAGGAUGUGAUCGCCUGAAUACACUGCCAAGCCUGGAGUCUUUAUCUGCCCUCCAGAUCCUUGAUAUUUCAGGUGCUGCCAAGUUGCAAGAAAUCAAUGAUGAUCACCUCAAAAACAAGGAAGCCCUCAGAAUCCUUGAUUUUUCAGAAACUGAAACCAGUCACUUACCUCCCAAUUUCAGGGACCUUUCAGAACUCCAUUUGAGAGGCUGCCAUGGGUUGAUUGACCUUCCACAACUUGAAGGACUUAAACAACUUCAGGUCCUUGACCUUUCAGGCUGUGAGAAGCUGGUUAGUUUGCCUUGCUUGGCUGUGAAUCUGGAGGUUCUUGACCUUUCAGGUUGCAAGGCAUUGGAGGAAAUACAAGAUAAAUCCUUUGAGCACAUGCCUCGGCUUCGAGUACUAAAGCUUUCUGAAACCAAGAUUAAGUCACUCCCAUCUUUGCAUAGACCUGGGAACCUUCAGGAGCUUGACCUGUCUGGUGUAAGUUGUGUCAAUGAAAUAACAUCUCAAUUUUUGGGGUGUAUGACCAACCUGCACAGCCUCAAGCUAUCAAAAGUCACCUUCGAAGACUUUUCAUUCUUGUCCAGCCUCACCAACCUCAGUGAGCUUUCAUUAAGAGAUUGCUCAGGUUCAAAAACUACGCUGCCUUUGGAAGCUCUAAAAAAACUUGAGGUUCUGGAUCUUUCUGGAGAAGCCAUUGAAUCUUUACCAUCAUCUCUUGAAAAUAUUGCCAACCUGCACAAGCUGUCACUGCACGGGUUUAAAAGCUCAUAUAAGUUGCCAUCUCUGAAGUCAUUGGCACAACUUGAGAUUGUUGAUGCAUUAGGGAAUGAAAUCAACAAACUUCCUCAGCAGAUUUCAGAGUUGAUUCCUGUUAAGUGUGAUCACUGUGAUAUUAAGUAUUACAGAUUCUCCAGAGACAACCGACAGGAGCCUGCUUUUCUUAAACAAUUGGUUUUCUCUGUUUGCUCUUCCAAAGAGGAAGUCAAAGAUGGAGAUAAGCAACACCAUUCUGAUAAACUUAUCUUCAGCGAUGUCUACUUUAAGACUAGACAUUUUCCUGCACAUGAAGGGGAUGGUCAGUCUAUAGAAAUCCGUGGGUUUGAUCAUCUUCCAGCUGCUGUUAUGGAUGCUCUCAGGCAGUCUAAGUAUUUCUCAUUGAUUAAAAAUGAAAAUACAUCUUUUAGGUGCCUGUCAGAUUUAACUGCUGGCAACUUGGAUAAGUUGAAAGGCUGUUGGAUAGAGAGUUGCAUUGGGAUGGAGAGCAUUUUUAAAGGGGAUAAAGAUACUGAAUUGAGGAAGAAUCUGGAGAUUCUAUGGAUUUCAAAUCUUCACAAUUUGAAAACUAUAUGUCAUGGAGGGCAGCCAUCCUGCUUCAACAAUCUUAAGCAGUUGCAUAUAUAUUCUUGCCCAAUACUUGAAACUGUUUUUUCUUCAUCACUGUUGCCAGAAAACCUCCAGAUCCUCCAAAUCACUUUUUGUGAUGAGCUGAAGGUUCUGUUUAAAGACAAUGAAUCAGCCAAAAUCACAUUGCCAAAGUUAGAGAUGUUGCAUAUAUGUUCUUGCCCAAUACUUGAAACUGUUUUUUCUUCAUCACUGUCGGCAGAAAACCUCCAGAUCCUCCGAAUCACUUUUUGUGAUGAGCUGAAGGUUCUGUUUAAAGACAAUGAAUCAGCCACAAUCACAUUGCCAAAGUUAGAGACAUUGCAUAUAUGUUCUUGCCCAAUACUUGAAACUGUUUUUCCUUCGUCACUGUCAGCAGAAAACCUCCAGAUCCUCCGAAUCACUUUUUGUGAUAAGCUGAAGGUUCUGUUUAAAGACAAUGAAUCAGCCAAAAUCACAUUGCCAAAGUUAGAGACAUUGCAUCUUUUAGAAUUGCCACAGCUCAUGAGCAUUCAGGCUGUACUGCCACAACUAAAGAAUUUCAAAAUCUCCGGAGUGCCUGAAUCUGAGUAUUUCAGAAGUCUCAGAACUGGAAAUGCAGUUGUCUAAAUUGCCAGCUUUAGCAAGCACAUAGAUAACUCUCAUGGAUAAAGACUCUUUGAUGAAGGAAGCAAAAGAUAAAUACAUUUUGAAGCAGGCUUAAAAGUUCAGGUUUCCUCAGUAGUUAUUGAACGGCAGACAAAUGAUUCCAAGGAUUCCUAGUCAACAUUGUGAAGAUUGACAAUAAACAAAGCAAGCUUUUGGGUUUUGUCGAAAAGUUAUGGUUCUGCUUUUGUGUUGGUCGAUGCAACUGCAAGUCCAAUCCUCUCAAUGUGUAAGCAUUAACAGCUUGAUCUUCGGAUAAAAAUAAUUGUAACAGUCAAGUUCUUCUUAACCCAUGGAUGGACCAUGGGAUGUAAACUUCUUUUGUCUUGAAGAAACUCCUUUUUGUAAG